GAUCCGCCACUCGAAGCAGCCGUGACGUCAUUCUUUAUAUAACAGAGAGGCGACGCCGAGCUGUUAUUGUUUUGCUGUUCUAGGGUUGAGUCGAGCGCGCGGCGACAGACACACGAUGUGGAAGCUGGUUUUCGUGAUCAUCGCUGCGGCGGCCUGCGUCGGCUCAGCAGUCCUGGUUGGAGGGUUUCAGGACAUCGCUGUCGACGACGAAGGUGCGCGGGACGCCCUCAACUUUGCCGUGGCCAAGCACAACAGAGGCAGCAACGAUAUGUACCUCAGCCAAGUGGCCGAAGUGACCAGGGUCCAGAGACAGUUGGUGGCUGGCUUCAAGUACGUAAUAACUGUGGAAAUGGCAAAGUCCCAGUGCAGAAAGGACCACGCGACUGAUAAGUGUGCCCUCCAAGAAGGCUCAGGAGCUCGGGCCUACGAGUGCAAAUUCACCGUGUGGACCCGCUCAUGGCUUAAUGACAUCCAGUUGUUGAAGGAGGAAUGCUAGAAGAACUACUGGGAAAUCAUCAUCAUCAUUGUUUGUAGAAUAAUCAUAAAGAGCAAUAGGUAUUUCCGUGUUGAUGAUGCACAACACUAACAGAAUUUGCAUCCAAUAUUGUGUUUUAGGGAUAGAUUUACCUUUAUAGAAGCAACUUUGUAAUACAUAAUCACUAAACCAAGCCGAGAACAAAUAAUUGUGAUUGUAAUUGAGGUGGUUAUUGAAAAAAAUGUUUUAAAAUGAAAUGAAUUAAAGUAGCAAUGGAGCAUUAA